AUGCCGUCUCUCAUCCUCCUGCUCGGGACCUUCCAGAUGUGUGUGGUUGCCGCUACCCCCUCCGUCUCCCCGUCCCCGCCCUCAACCACCCCCUCCACCCCCUCCCCUGACGUCACCUACAGCUCCAGCCGACUCCACGAGCUGGGCAGCAGGAGUCAGCACCUGUUGCGUCACAUCAUGAUGCACUCUUGCGGCGUCAAGGAGACGUCAAACAUGAAGAAGAAACUUCUGCGUAACACGGACGUCACGUGCAACGACGGCUCGCCUGCCGGGUACUUCAUCAGACGUGCGCGAGGAAGCCAAAAGUGGAUCGUGUUUUUAGAAGGUGGCUGGUACUGCUUUGACCACGUCAGCUGCUCAGAGAGGAGUCGCGUGAUGCCAGAGUACAUGAGCUCCAGGUACUGGACCAAGUUCCGCUCAGGUAGUGGAAUACUUUCAUGGGACCCGGAAGAAAAUCCGUACUACUUCCAUUCAAAUGUUGUUUACGUCCCUUACUGUUCAAGUGAUUCUUGGAGCGGCACUAGAAAUAAAACAUCAGCCAUGGACUUUUCUUUCAUGGGUUCCCUGAUACUGGAUGAAGUGUUUGAUGAACUGUUGAAGAAAGGCAUGAAGCAAGCCAAGACAGUCAUCUUAGCUGGCACCAGCGCUGGAGGUACAGGGGUGCUCAUCAACAUCGACAGAAUCGCUGACCUCAUCCACUCAAAGGAACCCAGCAUUGAGGUCAAAGGUCUGGUGGAUGCCGGAUGGUUUCUGGAUAACGAGCCAUUUAAAGUGAAGACCUGCAGAGAUGCUUUUACAUGUUCUCCAGUUGCAGGCAUACAGAGGGGCUAUCAAGUGUGGUCUCCAAAGCUGCCAGAAGCAUGUACUGCCCAGCACCCCACGGAGGUGUGGAGAUGUUUCUUUGGUCACAGAGUUUUCCCAACCAUUAAAUCUCCAGUGUAUGUCAUACAAAAUCUGUACGAUGCUGCCCAGAUCAAAGUGAGCAGUGUGUUUGAGGAGCGCCCCAAGACUGAGCUCUCAGCUGACCAGUGGCGCUACCUGCUCAGCCUGGGGGAAGAGGUCAAGCAGUCCUUACAGAAUGUCACAGCUGUUUUUGCCCCGGCCUGUGUGUCCCAUGAGAUUUUGAUCCAACCAGAGUGGCACACAGUGAGAAUACAAGGGACGUCACUCCCAGAGUCUAUCUACUGCUGGGAAACAAGUGGGACUAAGAUGCCAUCUUGUCAAAACUCUAGCAUUGAAUCUGUUUUGUUGAAGAAUGAUACACCAUUGGCUGAUGCCCCACCAAAGGGAACUAACAAAAGAAAAAAGAAGAAAAAAGGCAAGAAGAAUAAAAAAAACAACAGAAAUAGAAAACUUGACAGGGGCUCAGUGACCAGAAACUCUCGCUCCGUGGUCAAACGGUGCCAAAGGCGCCUGAUAGAUGAAUGCCCCUGGCCACACUGUAAUUGCUCCUGUCCGAAGUGCCGGUGGGAAACCAUGACGGAGGUCAACAACUUCUUCCUCAAGACCCUGGCCACUGUCAUGGGCAUUGACCCCGCUAAGAUGGCCAGCAGCAAACUGUGUGGCUAUUAA